UCUAUUCUAUAUAUACACAACAUAUAUCAACGAGAAAUAAAUCUCAUACAAAAAUCCUCACAUAUGGCAAAGCUCAUCCUCAUCAUCGCCUUCAAACUCCUCCUUCUCGCAGCCGUUGUCUCCGCCGGAAAAGGCGAUGACUUUGCGAAAGUCAUUGACCGGAAACUCCUAGGCCUCCAUAAAGAGAAACUCACUUUCUUCCGUGUCUACUGGCACGACAUCCAAAGCGGCUCAAACCCUACCUCGGUCGUGCUGAGACCUCCUCUCUCCAACUCAUCCUUCUUUGGAGCCGUCACUGUGAUCGAUAACCGGUUAACCACGGGGGUCCCGGUGAACUCGACUUUGGUAGGCCAGGCCCAAGGGAUAUACGCUGCGGUGGGACAGCACGACUCGUCUGCGCUUAUGGUUAUGAACUUUGCGUUCAAGACAGGGAAGUAUAACGGAAGUACGAUCUCGAUACUUGGUCGAAACGAGGUGUUGACGAAGGUUAGGGAGAUGCCAGUGAUUGGAGGAAGUGGACUGUUCCGGUUCGCUAGAGGUUAUGUCGAGGCUAGGACUAUGUGGUUUGAUCAAAAGACAGGAGAUGCUACCGUUGAGUAUAGCUGUUACGUCAUGCACUACUAGCUAGCUUAAUAUAAUUGUGUUUGCAUUUUUGUUUAUUGUGAUUGUCUUUACUUCAGGAACAUUUUGCUAUUAACGAGUGCUGGUUGUUGUUUGGCGUUUGUUGCAUGUCACGUUGUGUGGUCUGAUCGUUGAGAGGGGGUAACUUAAUUAAUUAUAUGUUUUAUAGUAUAUUGUAAUGGGUUUUAUUUCAUUUACAAAAUAAAAAGUGGGUGUUUCUACAUGAAACAGACCAUAU